UGGCUUUAGGAAGGAUCGGGGAGCAUGUAUGAUGGCAGCGUACUCGCCAGUUACGGUGACGUCAUUGUUGUCACUUUUAACUACCGUCUCGGAAUUUUAG